GAAGCCAGGGCAGGACAAGGAUCGACGAGGCAGCAAAGAAAGAGUUAUUACCUGUCCACUUUCACCACACUCUGGGAUCCAGCUUUGAAAUUUCCCCUACACACUCUUCAAGUCUUGUGCGAUCUAAGUGAGGUCUCGAACACAAAUAUACCCUCGGCGAAUCGAACAGCUCCCAUCGCAUCAUUUGUCGUCAUGCCGACGCCACUCGACCGGGCGUUGCAGUCCAAAUCUGCCUUUUUUGGCUUCGCAGGAAUAAUCACAGCAGUCGCAGCAUGGUCGAUAUGGGGGACCGAGAGCAUGUUCCCAAAGGAACCGGAUCCCAAGGGCGAUCCCGAAACGUGGAGCCUUGAAGAGCUCCGGAGGUGGCUGAACAAUGUCGGUUCACGGGAAAGACCACCUUUUUCCUGUGGCUGGGCUAAUUGAGACAAUAGCGAAGGCUACUUCCCAGCAGCUCUGCUACUAGAGAAGAGCUGCUGCAGCGGGUGAAGAACAACAUGCGCAGCGGGUGAAGCACGACUAGUACAGAUUUUAAUGCUGGAUGCUGGCAAGUGCGUGAGAGGUAAUUUGUUGGGAGGGACUGAGAAUCGCAAAUGAUACCCUGAUUGCAUGCUGGACCUCUCUCUCGCUCUGUUUCUUUCUCUCUAAAAAGUCACUGAUCUUGUCCCAUCCUACCAUCCAUUAUCGUCAUGUAGAAUAGCAUUUCGUCCCAGUAGGCCAUCACCGACGUGCCGAUGCAAGCUGCAGUUUCUGCUGCCGCCAAUUCUCCUGUGCUUGGGACAAGGUGAUUUUCAAGAACGAGGCUGUAGGGCUGAGAACCUUGGCCUUGCAGCAAGAGACCAAGUGGACUCAGUUGAUGAUGGGCAGCAUAUGAUGGAUGAACACGG